CUGGGUCCAAGCACAUCCCAGUCGGGCGCUACUACUUGCAAUUGCUGGGCUACGCUUUGUCUUUCACAUUGCAGGAAUGAACAGCCAGUACAUGCGCAGGGAAGUCUUCUGCUGCGAGACCUGCGAUGAGCUCAAAAGCUUCUGGGAAAAGGAAAUUAGCAAACAGACUUGUUACCGAGAACUUGAAGAAGUUCGCCAGGAGAGAAGCGCUCUGAGAAAGCUUCGAGAAGAAUGGAAGCAGAGGCUGGAGAAGAGGCUGAGAAUGCUGGACAAUCCUGAUAAUGAGGGAAAGCAAGCUACCCCUGAGAACUGAGUGCUUCUGGCAAA